AGUUUAGACUUGAAAUGAACUAAUAAUUUGUAGGUUUCCUUUACACUUCCUUAUGAGUCAUCGACAUUAAUGAGAGAUACAGGUUCUUUAUGGAUAAAAAGAUUUUAGACUUUCCCAGCAGGUGCCCAGAGUGGUUUAAUCUCUUGUUUCUGCUUCAGAUGUAAAGGAUCUUGACUGUUUUAUCCUGACAUUCAACUCACAUUAUGGGCUUGGAGUCACUUCCAGAGGUAUCUCCACGAGGUUCCUCCAUGAUGGAAAAAUCAAACAUGACCCUUCCAGUAUGAGACACAACAGCAAACCGAGCUACAAGCCACCUCCAUGCAGAACGAUAAGAGCUCAAAGGACAAAGCUGUUAUCUAGAGGACAUAUCUUUCUUGUGUAACCUACGAUAUACUGCAAGUAUAAAUAUGGAUGUAGAUUUGCAUGGCAAUUCCCCAGAAUACAGAAAGGAUGAAUUAAACAUUAAUGUAACAAAUCAUGGGGGAAACUCUACUGCUCUCACAGAACUCCUAAGAAUCAUCUUUCCUGUGCUAUAUCUGGUCAUUUUCUUGGGAAGUGUCAUGCUGAAUGGCCUUGCAGUCUGGAUUUUCUUCCAUAUAAGAAACAAGACCAGUUUCAUUUUCUAUCUCAAGAACAUUAUGGUUGCUGACCUCCUGAUGACGGCCUCCUUCCCUUUUAAGAUCACACAAACUUCAGGGAUUGCACCAUGGCAUUUCAACAUCUACCUCUGUCGCUACACCAGUAUUUUGUUCUACACAAGUAUGUACAUUAGCAUUGUGUUUCUUGGACUAAUUAGCAUUGAUAGGUACCUGAAAGUGGUAAAACCUUUUGGGAGUUCGAAAAUGUAUAGCAUCAAGUUCACAAAGGUCGUGUCCUUGUGCGUUUGGCUAACCAUGACCCUGUUUGCCUUGCCAAACGUCAUCCUGACAAAUGUCCAACCCACCAGGAACAAUGUCAACGACUGCAUGAAACUCAAAAGCCCAUUUGGAGUUAAAUGGCACAAAGCUAUUGUUUAUAUUGAUAUGUUCAUAUUCUUUACUGUGAUGGUUGUGCUGAUUGCCUGCUACAUUUCAAUAUCUCGGCACAUUCAGAAAUCUAGCAAACCAUUUAUCAGUUGUUCAAGUCGGACUCGAAGACAUAACCAAAGUAUCCGUGUAGUGGUGGCUGUUUUCUUUGUAUGUUUUUUGCCUUAUCAUCUGUGUGGGCUGCCUUUCCUGUUCCAGCUGGAUACAAUUCUGGAUAAAUAUGUGUAUAACAUCUUAGUUUACUGCAAGGAAUCAACUCUGUUUCUGUCUGCCUGCAACGUGUGUCUAGACCCUAUCAUCUAUUUCUUCAUGUGCAGGUCCUUCUCUCAGAGACUGUUCAACAGAUCCAACAUCAGAUCAAGGAGUGAAAGCAUAAGAUCCCUACAAAGUGUCAGGAAAUCUGAAGUACGGAUUUACUGUGAAUAUACCGAAGUGUGACUAUUCUAUACAGAACUGCUGUAGUGUGAUGUGUAAAUAUUAUUAAUAAAAUAUUAACUGAG